GUUUCAGGAAGAAGCUUUUGAGAUCUGUUGCUCCUGGAUUUUGAGAGAGGUGCAAUGACGAUUUGGGCUGUUUCUUGAAGGUUUGUUGAAGACAGCCCCUCAUGUCCCCUUCUUACGACCAUGGGGACUACCGGACCUGAUUGGCAACAGCUCACAACUGACUCGGAUGGGGAAGAUGAAGCUUCUUUGGUGGAGCCUGAACCUACUGUGGACGUUUAUAAGAAGUGGAGAAACAAUGCAGGCUUCUGGCUGCUGGGCCUCUGCAACAACUUUGCCUACGUGGUCAUGCUGAGUGCAGCCCAUGACAUUCUCAGCCAUCAGAAAGCACCCAGUGGCAAUGGGACCAUACCGACGCCCCCCAGCAUCACUCCAGGGAACGCCUCUAAUACUUCUCGCUACGACUGCAACAUCAUCUCAACAGGGGCUGUGCUUUUGGCUGACAUUCUGCCUACUCUCCUUAUCAAAUUCAGCGCUCCUUUUUAUAUCCAUCUAUUGCCCUAUGGCCUGCGGGUCAUCAUUUGUAUCCUCACGGCCCUGGGCAGUUUCUUGCUGGUCGCCUUCUCCGCUGGCCCGGCCCAAAGCUUUACAGGUGUGGUGCUGGCCAGUGUUUCUUCCGGCCUGGGUGAAAUAACCUUCUUGGCGCUCACGUCUUUUUUUGACAGCGCUGUGGUGUCUGCGUGGUCCUCGGGAACCGGUGGGGCUGGCCUGUUGGGGGCUCUUUCCUACCUUGGACUGACGCAGGCUGGGCUGACCCCUCAGCACACGCUGCUCACCAUGAAUGUCAUUCCCAUCAUUAUGCUGGCCAGCUAUUUGUUAUUGGCUCCGCCCUCCCAUGACCCACGCUGGUGCUGGGGUGUUCACCCGCCGGGGUCUCUGCAUUCUCCUCCCUCAAGUCACCAGCCACUUCUAGGGAGCGCAACCACACACCAAAAGAAUCCAGAGUCACAAGGCCGUAAUAUCAGCUUACAAGAAAAGGGGCAGGUGGUCAAGGGUCUUUUAAAAUACCUCCUGCCAUUGGCCGUGGUGUAUUUUGCAGAGUACUUCAUCAACCAGGGUCUGUUUGAGCUGCUCUAUUUCAGAGAGGCACCCCUGACCCACGCAGAACAAUACCGCUGGUACCAGAUGCUCUACCAAGCUGGAGUCUUUCUCUCUCGAUCUUCCGCCAGCUGUGUACGGAUUCGCUAUAUAUGGGCCCUGGCAGUGCUACAGUGCCUGAACAUGGUGUUUCUCCUGGCGGCGGUGUACUUCAUGUUCUUGCCCAGUGUUUAUUUAGUCUUCGUUCUCAUCGUCUAUGAGGGGCUGCUUGGAGGAGCUAGCUAUGUGAACACCUUCCACUGUGUCAGUGCAGAGAGCCAGCCCAAGCACCGGGAGUUUGCCAUGGGAGUCGCGUGUGUGGCUGACACGCUGGGCAUCUCACUUUCCGGUGCCCUGGCCAUCCUAGUCCACAACUAUUUCUGUCGCCUCUCCUGAGGCCCGCUUCACCGAGGGACCGUCGGAUGCCUCUCUGCGCCACGUUCCUGCUUCUGAGAGACAAUCCGGACACACGCUGGGAGUUCUGCGCCUGGAGCUCCAGACAAUCUUUUUAAACUCAGUUUUUAGGCACUUAUGGUUCCAAUUCAGAUAGGGACCACAGCAGGAGGAGGGUUUAAGCCUACCCCCCCAUGCCAUUUUUCCAGCCUCAAUACAGCCCCAGAGAGUCACUACUUGCCCCAUUAGGGAAAUGUGCAGAUACUGAUGUGGGUACUGUAUGAUACCCAGGACGUAUCACAUUUGGCCCCGAGGAAUGAACUGGAAAAGAAACUAAAAUUUUAGCCCCCACACUUCUCUGGCUGUGAAGGAAGAAAGGAGUCCUAUGAGGGUCAGGGGUUCUCACCCUACCAAACGCUUGGAGAUAUUUAUUUUCCUGCUAUUUUAGUGUGUGCUUUUUUGGUCCAUCCUUUUGUUUUAUUUCAGUAAGGGUGGGAGUUAUUUUCUUGUUGCACAAGAUUUAGGGGACUGGAUAACACCACACAGAAACACAGUUCAAUGGGAAUGAGGUCAAGCCAUUAUUGGGGCGGGGGGGGAUUUUACUCCAGCACAAGUAAGCUAUAUUCUGUGCACUAGUAUAGUGGGAGGUGGGAACAGAAAAAAAUGUUUAAUCCACAGAAUCAGAAUAAAAGCUAGUUGAACUUUAUAGGUGGUUAUGAGGGAAGGCUUAUGAGGUGAUGCACAGACCCAAGCCUGUGGGUGGGGUGGGAGGACAAUAGGUUUGCAUUUUGAAUUUUGAUUAUUGUAUUCAUGAAACAAUAAACUUUGGGA